GAGCCCACGUUGGAUGGUGCGUGUAAAAAUUCAGUGCAAGGCUUGAACCGGCGGCGGAUGUUUUUGUUUUUCUCUGCAGAGAAAGCGUUGCUUCGGCGAAGGAACUGGCGGUAAUUUCUGUAUUCAAAUAGCCACUGAGACGGACAGAAGGUCACCAUAAUGCAGGCAUCAGUUUGCAGACAUCACUGCAGAUACCUACAGCGCCACGCUCAGCAAAGGUACUACGGCACUAGGAUGCCAAGGCCUGCCGUCCUUACUCCAGGGAUGUUAAGAUCUGUCCUGCACACCCCAGGGACUGUCUCCUCCCGGUCUGGUCUUGUGGCAACAGUCAGUGCAUUGCAUACUAACAGCACACUUCAGAAGAGUGCCAUUAAGUAUCGUGCUGACUUGAAACAUGGCCGCCGUAUUGUGGUCAAGUUGGGAAGUGCAGUUAUAACUCGUGAAGACGAAUGUGGUCUAGCACUGGGAAGACUGGCUUCUAUUGUUGAACAGGUUUCAGAACUUCAGAAUCGGGGCUACCAGAUGUUAAUGGUGACCAGUGGUGCCGUUGCAUUUGGGAAACAAAAACUGCGCCACGAGAUAAUGAUGUCCAUGAGCAUGCGCCAGACGCUGUCAGUUAGGGAAAAUGGGAAGCAAGGACGCCCAAUUUUAGAGCCACGGGCGUGCGCAGCGGCGGGCCAGAGCGGUCUCAUGUCCUUGUAUGAGGCCAUGUUUUUACAGUAUGGCGUCAGAAUAGCUCAGGUUUUAGUCACGAAACCAGACUUCACUAAUGAUGAGAGUAGAAAGAACUUACGGGGCACCUUGCAGGAACUCCUAAAACUGAAUAUUAUUCCAAUAUUAAAUGCUAAUGAUGCAGUAGCUCCACCACCAGAGGCAGACAAAGACCUAGCUGGGGUGAUCAGUGUCAGUGACAAUGACAGUCUGGCUGCCAGGCUGGCCGUAGAAACAGAUUCUGACUUGCUGAUCUUAAUGUCAGAUGUGAAUGGUAUCUACACCUCUCCUCCUGGCACUGAGGGGUCUCGUCUCCUUCACACCUACUCCCCAAAGACAGACAGUGUGAAUGUGGUGUUUGGGGGCAAGUCCAGAGUAGGACUGGGAGGAAUGGAGUCCAAGGUGAAGGCAGCCACAUGGUGCCUGGGUCAUGAUGUAGGCGUGGUUAUCUGUAAUGGUACUGAGGAGAGCGCAAUCCUGAACAUUGUGGAUGGAAAGAAAGUGGGCACCAUGUUCACAGAUGCUAUGGUAGAGGGGCCUGCUGUGGAAAUACAAGCAAUGAAAGCAAGAGAAGGUUGCUAUGCCUUGCAAGCACUAAGCUCUGAAAAAAGGGCGGACAUCAUCAACAGUUUGGCAGGUUUACUGAUCGACAGAUCCGCUGAAAUACUAGCAGCCAAUAGGAAGGAUGUGGAUGCAGCUAAAGCUGCUGGACUUCUCCCAGUGAACAUCUCCCGUCUGAUCCUAACCCAGGCAAAGUUACAGAAUCUAUCAGGCGGCCUGCGACAGAUAGCUGCCACAUCCCAUACUAACAUUGGCCGCGUCUUGCGCCAUACCAAGGUCGCCGAGGGAAUGGACCUUACACAAGUCACUGUACCUAUAGGUGUACUGCUAGUCAUAUUUGAGUCCAGACCAGAUGCCUUACCACAGGUUGCUGCCCUCUCCAUUGCCACCGGCAAUGGUUUACUACUGAAGGGAGGCAAGGAAGCAUAUCACAGUAAUAAAAUACUUCAUGAGCUUGUAGAAGAGGCUCUAGCCCCACAUGUCCCAAAAGAUACUGUGAGCUUGGUCAGUCGACGAGAAGACAUCACUGACUUACUGCAGAUGGAUGAAUACAUUGACCUGGUGAUUCCUAGAGGUUCCAAGGAACUGGUUUCUAAGAUACAGCAGGAGAGUAAAGGCAUUCCUGUCCUGGGCCACAGCGAGGGCGUCUGUCAUGUGUUUGUGGAUAAAGACGCAGACCUGGAAGCAGCUAUUAAAAUAGUGGUUGAUGCCAAAUGUGACUACCCUGCAGCCUGCAAUGCCAUGGAAACACUUCUCAUACAUCACGAUCACUUACGAACUGGUUUCUUCGACCAUGUGUGUGACAUUUUGCGAAAGGAAAAUGUGAAGAUUCUAGGAGGACCCAGAUUGCUGAGUCAUCUCAAGUUUGGCCCUGUGCCAGCAUCAUCCAUGAGGACAGAGUAUGGCGACCUGCAGUGUACCAUUGAGGUGGUGGAAAAUGUGGAGGAUGCUGUGGAUCACAUCAACAAAUAUGGCAGCUCACAUACAGAUGUGAUUGUAACUAGAAAUG